AUGCAGUCAACAAUUUUUUCUGCCCAAACUCCAAUAGUUUAUAUUCCGGAUUUGCCAACUCGCUUCUCAGAAGAUGAAUUAAAAGAAGUAAUCAAGAGACGGUUACAUAUCACUGCAAAUAUUGGAGUCGUUGAGGUGAUCUGUUAUCCAAAACUGGGCAUAGGAAUGAUACAAACGGAGAAUAGCCAAGACAAAGAAAAGUUGAUCACCGGCAUACAAUCGUUAGCUCUCGGCAAAAACUACAACAUAAGUAUAACGUUUGUCGAUAAACUCGAACUCGAUUCUUACGUAGUAUUUGAUGAAAAUAUCUCGAGUAUUCCAAACGCUGAUGAAGCGGCCCACCAAUUCAAAAAAUCCUAUAAGACACAAGUAACUCCUGAAUGCAAGCCAAUCGCCGCACCAUUUCCAAAUAUAUUUCACAUUGUUUUGGAAACACCCGACGAGUUAGUUAAAGUUGCAAACUCACCAGAAUUUACCACCCAAGAUGGUAUUUCGGCCGUAGUCUAUCCCAAUGCGGAAUAUUGUUUUUUCGAAGAUUUACCACCGAAUGUCAAUAGCGACAAACUUGCAUCGGCCGUGGCCUCUCAAGCUGGAGUCAAUGUCCUCCCACCCACGUCGUUCCAUGUCCAAUAUUGCCAAUCAAGCAACUCAUCUGUUGUUAUAGCAGUCAAAUCUGAAAGUAAAUGGAUAGCAGAUAACUAUUUAAACAUUAACGGACAAAAUCUGCCGAAAAAGAAAGAUUUUACCUAUCGUGUUCUUGUCUCACCCGUUCCGCGUGAUAUAGAUAUCAAUCUAAUUUUAAAUCACAGAAUGUUCACAAAUCACGUUGUUCGUCAUCAGCACAUUAACGAUCAUCUUGUCAUUGAACUUGACAAUAUCGAUGUCUAUAAAGAAUGCAUAGACAAUGCCGCCAUUGGUAUUGGUGGUAAACCUAUGAGCAUUACACCGUAUACUUCGACGAGCGUUUCAAAUUCGAAUGAACUUGAUGCGACGAAUUGGUACGAGACAGUCAUGGUCAAUAUGAAACCGGAUAUUAUGUUAUAUGUCUUUGAUUAUAAGCAUGCCAUAUUUGAUCUACCAUGGAAUGAAGAAAGUUGGUUAGAGCAAAUGGGGAAGAUUGAAGGAAAAGAAAGACGCUCAAAAACUUACGAUCAUCAACGGCAUUUAUUACGCGUGACAGUAAUGUUGAAUACGAUCGGUGUGGUUCGGAAGAGAAAAUACGUUGUGGGUGGUGAAGAAAUUUCAUUGAAAUCAGAGCGUUUACAAACAAUCAGGUAUGAUUGUAAAUCAAAGAUAGCGCAUGGAAGGCAGAUUCUUGAAUCGGAGUUUAAGACACCGUAUUCAUCGACCACUGUUCGAGUCGUUAAUGAAGAUUGCCUUGUUCUUUACCAAAGACUAGCAUCAGAAGGAUGUCGUCCACUACUAUUGAACAUGGCCAACGCGAAAACUCCCGGUGGUGGUUAUCGCAAAGGUGAUGGAGCACAGGAAGAGAAUAUUUUCCGUCGUUCCGAUUACUAUCAGAGUCUUGAUCUUGAGGUUGCUGACAGAGAACGAUAUGAACGACUUUAUCAAUCAUCGAAAGGCGACAUCAAACGUGCAAAAGAUCAAGAUGUUCUCUAUCCCAUGAAAGAAUUUGAAGCAAUUUAUACAUCGGGUAUAACCGUGUUUCGUGGAACCGAAGAGAGCGGAUAUGCUUUUCUGAAGAAACCUCUAUAUGAUGUUUGUGCUAUUGCUAUGGCUGCAUAUCGUGAUCCACCGCUAACCGAUAAAAAUAUGUUACAAGACAGAUCCGCUAUCAAUACAUUGAAGAAGAUUGAAAACGUUUUUACUAUUGCUCAUCAACAUAAGCAUGAUUGUUUAGUACUUUCAGCGCUUGGCUGUGGUGCGUUUAGAAAUCCGCCGGAGCAUGUCGCUUUACUUUUCAAAUCAAUGAUUCGUCAAUAUGCUGGAUAUUUCAAAACGAUCUACUUUGCCAUCCUUGACGACCAUAAUACAGGAAAUAGUCUAAAUCCUCAUGGUAACCUGCUACCAUUUGAAGAAGUCUUUAACAAGUUUAAUAUUGUAUAUCCGCCGAAAUCAUUGCGUGUGAAUUCAGCCAGUGGACCAUACCGAAUUCUAAACAAAUCCUCAGAUGGAAAAGUAACUUUAAGUGACGUAUGUAUUUUACAUCUGCCACCAUGUGAAAAUGGAUCGAAGUGCGCUGAAUUCAAUGAUGCUGGUCAUAAGGCCAAGUUCUCUCACCCGCCAGUGUGUCCACUACUCGAAGAAGGAACAACAUGCACGGAGAAUAACGACGAAGUACAUAUGUUCACUUUUCUGCACAAUUCCAAGUGCAAAUAUGGUGGACAAUGUACUAAUACAGAUGCAAAGCAUCUGAGUGAUUAUGAACAUCCAGACUAUUGUCCAAAUCAUUUGCAUUGUCAUGAGAAGUCAUCUGAACAUUUUAUUGCUUAUCGACAUCUACCCGUCUGCAGAGACGGGGAGACUUGUCUCAAAUACCUGAACAGCGACGCCGAACAUUGCAAAAGUUAUCGCCAUUGCAAAUUAAUUUGCUCCGAUGAUAACACUUGUGUUCGCUUCCAUGAUCAACAACAUAUGGAAAAUACUAUUCAUACAUUUCGACCACCAUGUCCAUUUACACCAUAUCAUUGUUCUCGUAUGGUCAAAUAUGUACAACAUGCUGAUGGGCAGCCUGUGAGUGAAGACGUUCAAAGACAUUGUCUUACAUUCAGUCAUGUAUGUCCGUAUGGUUCUCGAUGUACAGCGAAUGAUAAAAAGCAUUAUUUAACAUUUAUUCACAUUGCAAGACAUAUCUGUGCAGGUGGAGAACUAUGUAUGAAAAUGAAGCAUGAACAUCAUCUGGAAUCAUAUUCUCAUCCUGGUGUAAAAGACAUCCGUUUGCUUUGUAAAAAUGCAGGUUAUGAAUGUCGUGAUCGUUUAAAAAAUGACCAUUUGAAGAAAUAUCGACAUGGACAAAAUCAUAAUCAUCUUCGUGUAGCUCCAUGCAGUAACUUCAAUUCAUCAAUCAAUUUUCCUCGUAAUCAAGGCGAGAUGAUUCGAGCCGUCAACACUUAUAUUCAAAAAGCAGGAUGGAAAGAAACAAAUAUUUCGCCGGAAAUAAUCAAUUGGAUACGAGCACUGCAACCUGUACAUCGAUGCAAUAAAUUUAUCUUCGAAUCAAUUCUUGUUCAUGGACAUGUUAUGAGUCGUCAUUAUAUGGAACUGUUAAAAAGGCCACAUUAUGUAGUUCAGGCUGUUUUACAACAUAGUCGUAUUCGGCGAAUUUUUCUCGAACACAAUACUCCUGAAGUGAAGCAUAAUGUAUCUGAAUUAGUUAAAAUCUUAGUUCAUGCUGAAUUUGGUAAAACAGGAGCAGACGGCAUGUCGCCUGCUGAACCAGAUCAUGAUUCUAAAGUGCUCAAAUUCGAAAAAAAAUUGAAGCCACCACUCACUGAUCAUGAUAUUCAGGCUAUACAUGAUUGGACGAUAAAAAUUGCUCAAGCAUCAAUUAAAUUAACUUCCAGUCCAAUGGGAAUUGGAUUUGAUGUUGAUAAAAAGUUAGGAACUGAUCAUCACAUAUUCAGCAUUUUAGGACCACAUCAUGGAUUUUAUUAUGGUGAUAUUGUCAUUACAUUUAAACAAGAAAUUAUGUUUCAUCCAGAUUCAAACUUUACUGUUCAAGCUGGAACAAGUUUUCCUAGUGGAAGAAUCUACCAGCAACGUCCAUGGAAAGCUGAUCCAGGCGGUGACGACAAACGUAUUAAAGAUUUUCAUCAUGGAAAAUUACAUUGUUCUGUUCCACGUUAUGAACAUGCGGCAGCCGCUGAACUUGUUGCUGUAACUGGUCUAAAGAAACAAUCAAUGGGCAUCAGUCUCGAUGCUGUUAUUCACAAUUGGAAAACUUUAGACUCGCAUUUUGUUUUCGAAAGUCAUCUGCCACAAUUGAUUCCUCUUGAUUAUAUUGAUAAUGUGUAUAUGCCAAAGACUUUAUUUGAUACAUUAAGUUCUGAAGCUCGAAAUUCAGCUCGUGCAGUUUUUGGUCAAUCAUUAAUCUUAAGUGACCACGCAAUUGACCUUAGUAUAACUAAAUCAACUAGUAUGACGGAACCUGAUGAUAGUCGUAAACCAUAUUUAAAUUAUAUAUUGGACAAAAAUAUCGAAAAAAUCAAAGACAGAAUUGCAGAACCACAAAUCUCUCGUGGCAUUGUCAUUACAGUUCCGGGAACGAAAUUUGAAGAACUAAUUGGUAUACCAAUCACUAUUUCUCAAUCGUACUAUUUAUAUCGUCUUGAUAAAUCCGGUAAAUCCGAACAUCCUGAGAUGACUUAUAUCUAUUGGCAAGCGAUGAAUGGCGAUAUGAUGUUAACCAUAAGUAAUGAAAGAAUUAAUUCUGAUGGAAAAGAUCAACCUAGUUUAUAUUGUUUGAUUUGUUAUGUUGCUGGGAAACCAUCUUCAACACGAGAUGAUUAUCAUGAAGAAUAUUCAUAUUUAAAUAUUGGUCAUCCAUAUCAACAUUAUAAUAAUGUUCAUAUGAGUAAAUUCAAAGCGAAAUCCAAUGUAUUCUAUCGUGGUUGUAAUACUGAUGAUUUUUUAACUUUUUGCUUAAAACUAAAUCAUAAGACAGGUGAUGUAACUUUAUCACAUGUAGGUCCUAAUGGAAUUUAUAAUCAUACAAAGAUCAGUUAUCAAUUUGAUAAACAUGAAUUAGAUCUAACGAAAAUUAAUUAUAUUCAUGUUAGUGGCGGUCACCAAGAUGUACCGAUUCGUAAUUUGACAAUAAAUCAUGAACCUGUAGCAGAAUUAGAAAAAUUGUGUGACCUAACGUUCAAAAUUGAUACUUCGGAAUUAUUGAAAGCUCAAGUAGCAUCGCCGAGUUACAUGCCAUACGGCCAUUAUGCUGCUGAUGGUGGCAGCAUUGAACCUAAGAAAAACGCCCGUAAUCAACGAAGAGAAAAGCCACCGUCAUCCGCAUCACAUGAAUCAAAAUCAUCACCCAAAGAAAAGCUGUCCUUGUUCGCAAAGCUAAAACAUGCAAUCUUUGGCUCGUCGAAAAAACCCGAAACAGCGUCGUCACAAAGAGCAUCAUCAAAACUACGUCCUUGUGCAGACUCAGUUUAUUGUCUAAAGCAAAAUGCUAAAGAUCACAUCUCUGAAUUCAGUCAUCCAUGUCGCUUUAAUGAAUUAUGUCGAAAUCCAGAGAACGAACCUCAUUUGACACAUGCGCAUCAUAAAGCUUCUCUUUGUUCGGACGAUAAAGAUUGUAGUAGAAAAACAGAUCCUGUACACCGUGCCAAGUAUCGUCAUACAAAUUUACCUGAUUAUCUCUAUCCAUGUCGAUAUCAAGAAUCAUGCAGAGAACAGUCGAAUGAGCAUCGAAUGAAAUUCUUUCAUGGCGAGGAAUUGCCUUCAGUCAAAAAGAACAAGUCUCGAACAGCUGAUGGAACAACAAAAUCGAAAUUAACACCGUGCAGAUAUGGUGCUGAUUGUCGAAUGAUGAAGAAAUCAGAACACUGUGCACAAUAUUCGCACCCUACCAAUUCAUUUUAA